AUGUCUACAAUUGAAUCUGAAAAUCGACGAGAGAUUGCUCGAUUACCAACUCGACCUAUUUCACUUGAAGAUCGUUAUGAUCCACCAGCUAAUUUUUUAGAAAUUGAAGUACUUAAUCCUGAAACACACGGCUUUGCUGGAAAACGAUAUACUGAUUAUGAAGUUCGAAUGAAAACAAAUUUACCAGUAUUUCGUCUAAAAGAAUGUUCGGUACGUCGGCGUUAUUCAGAUUUUGAAUGGUUACGUAAAGAGCUUGAACGUGAUAGUAAAAUUGUUGUUCCACCAUUGCCAUCAAAAGCAUGGAAACGACAAAUGCCUGCAUUUCUUCGUCGUGAUGAUGGCAUUUUUGAAGAUGAUUUUAUUGAUGAACGACGUAAAGGACUCGAACAAUUUAUUAAUAAAGUUGCUGGCCAUCCAUUAGCUCAAAAUGAACGUUCACUUCAUGUUUUUCUACAAGAACCAACUAUUGAUCACGAUAAAUAUAUUCCAGGCAAAAUGUCAGCAGGAGUGCCACUCACAGCUCGAACUUUAGCACAUUCACAUCAGAGUGAUCUGCAACGUAUUGCAAAUCCACGGCUGGAAGUUAAUGAACGACGUCUUCGUCCCAUUUAUGAUUAUAUGGAAAUUCAUAAUUAUCGUAAAGCAUUAACAGAAAUCGAUCGUUUAUUAAAAAAACAGGCAAAUUUUACUGCAUGUAAAGCUCUUAAGUGUCUUGUAUUACUCAAACUUGAACGACAUGAAGAUGCACGCGCAUUGGCUAAUGAAUUAGAUGCACUUGCUUCAGCUACUACACGUACUGCACCAGCUGGUGAUGCAUCAAAUAUUGAUGAAAAUGCAUUAACAUUUUUUUCUCAAUAUUAUAAAGAUUUACGACAAUUUGACAAAGUAGUUUGGCUUUAUGAAGCAGCAACUAAACGUGAACCAACAAGUGAAGAAUUUUUAUGUUCAUUAUUUAUGGCAUAUGUUCGUACGAAAGAUUAUAAAAAUCAAGUAUUAACAGCACAAAAACUUUAUAAACUUACACGAAAGAUUCCUUAUUAUAAUUGGGCUGUUAUAAGUGUACUUUUACAAAUCGAUGAAAAUUCUAAUCAAUUAAAACAAACACUUUAUAUUCCAAUGGCAAUAAAAAUGCUUGAAAAAGAAUUUUUCGAUGAAAAUCAACAACAAACAAAACCAUAUGGUGAAAUGGAAUGUUUAUUAUAUUUACAUUCACUUGAAUUAAAAGAGGAUUUUUCUAAAGCAUUAAUAUUUCUUGAAAAACAUUUAGAUGCAUUGACAAAAUCACCAUCAAAUGAAUCAAUGUUACCAGCUUAUUUUUCACAUGAUAAAUUAUUAAUUUAUAAUUUUAAAGCAGGCAAUUUAGAUAAUACUUAUCGUUUAGCAAAACAAUUUUUAAAUGAAGAUAAUUAUCUGUGGAAUUGGUAUGAAGUUUUAUUUGAUACUUUUUUCAAAUUUGACAAUACAAAACAAGAAGAAUUAAUAAAUGAUCUUCAUGAAUUUAUUUUAACUGUUCCCAAUGACACUACUGAUUUGCGUAGUAUUCAUUUGGCUCGUAUUGAACUUGGUCUUCGAUGGCAACUUGCAAAACUCAAAAAUAGCUCAACAACAUUACCUCAAGUGGCUUCUACUUAUCUAUCAAAUUUAUUUUUAAAUGAAAUCAAAUCUUAUAUUGAGACAUAUUCAUUAAAAACUACCAGUUUAGUCAUGUAUGAUAUGUAUCGAUCAUUAGAAUAUUUUUCAUCUGACGAACGAUCACAUCUUCAUAAAUAUCUUAUCGAUCAAUUAACAUCUGAAACUUGUCAAAAUAAUAUACAAUAUUUAAUCAAUAUACUCUAUUGUGCUCGAUUAUGUGGUGAAAUACAUAGUUCAUGGUUGAAGGAAAAUUCUAGUUCAUUAGUUCAACGUUUACUUGAUGUAGUUAAUCAAUCAUCAACUCCAUCACAUCUUUCUAUUGAAUUACUUUUAUUAAUAGUUAAUAUAAUGGAUGAAAUGAAUCAAUCAAAAUCUGAAUUAUAUACUCUAUUAGAUCGUACAUAUAAAAAAGAUUCAAGCAAUUUUGAUACGAAAUUAUAUAUUUAUAAAAUGGCAUUAAAUUUUAAUUGUAUAACAAUAAUGAAAGAUAUAUUUGAACGUCUUGAAAUAAAAAAUAUUCAAUAUUAUUCACUUGGUUAUUUAUUAACAGAUCAUUAUUUACGUAUACAUACAAAUUAUCGUCAUAUAAGAAAUUUUUUUAAUUAUUUAACAAAUCUUUUACUUGUUUAUACUGAUGAUUCAUGGGGUCAAAUUAUGUUUUGUUAUAAAUAUGGAAAUUUUUUACGUAUUAAUGAAAUUCGUACAUUUUCGGAUUAUUAUCUUAGUUAUUCACUUAUUUAUAUGCAAUCAUUAAUAGGUUCAAUUAUAAUUGAUUUAAUACAAAAUGGAAAUCGAUAUAAUUCUAUAAUGAAUAUAUUUAAACAUCCGUCAAAUCAAAUAUUAUUUGAUAAUAAAGAAAAAAAUAACAANAUUCAUUAUAGAAUUAUAUCGAUUUCCAUUUUUCGAUUACGUUUUGAUCCUGUUGAUGACAAUAACAAAUCAAUUGAAAGAUUAACUUAUGCUGAUCGAGUUCUUGCCGAUAACGCCGGUCAAACAGCAUAUCAAUCACCAUCAUAUAAAGAUUCAUUUCUUCGUCAAUAUCAAAUAAAUGAUUUUCAACAACGUACAAUUCUAUGUUAUAUUCGUUCAAAUAUACUUAGUUUUCUUCAUACAUUAUAUGUUGAUACUUCCAUUAGUAAAACUGAAUCUGCAUCUACAACAUUUGUUAUUCGUAUGCCUGAUGAAAAUGUUUUCAAUGCAUUAAAAGUAAUUCUUAAUGAUUUUGAUAAAUGUACAAAAUCUUUAAAAUCUAUUGAAACUAUAACUCCAUGUGAAUUUCAAUCAAUUAUUGAACUUGAAUUAUACAAAUCAAUACCAUUAUUUAUUCAAAUUUUACUUGAUGGAUUAAUAUUAAAUAAAACAACAGAAGCAGCAUCAUCAACAAUAACAUUAUCAAAUACAACAGUUCAUUUUGAUAAAAUUGAUCAAUACAUAAAUGACAUUAUAAAACAACUUGAAAGCUCAUAUCAAUUACUUUUACAAGCAUUAGAUAAAACAUCAUUUCAGAAACAUUGUCAAGAAAAACUUGACAAUGCUAAUAAUGAUAAUAUAAAUUUUCUUGAUGAUUUAUCUGGCAAACAAUCACCACUUGAAUAUUAUUCUGUUUAUACAGAAUUUAUAUCGUAUAUUUAUAGUUUAUAUUUAUCAAUUAAAUCAAUUUUAGCUACAUUGUUUAAUAAAACAUCUUUAUUAAUUGAUAACAGUGAAAAUCCUAAUAAUCGUUCAUCAAAUACAAAAAAAUCAAAAAAGAAAGCAACUGAUCAACAAUCAUCAUCAAAUACAGCAAGUGAGAAUGAAAAUGAAAUAAAAUUAUGGAAUCAAUUACAAAAAAUCGAAUAUUUAUUUAAUGAACAAUGGACAAAUAUUACAGAAAAUAUUCAAAAAUAUGAAUUGUAUAUUCGAUUUCAAGCAAAAUUAGAUGAUAAUCAAUGUGAUCAACUUGAAAAAGAACUUCAAGGCAAUAGUGAACAACAAUCGAAUAAAGCAAAAGCAAAAUCAGAUGAAGACAACAAUCAUGAAUCUUCAUUAUCAACAAAGAAAAAUGAGGAUGAUAAUCAAUCAUCAGACUCAUUGUUUGAAUUAGGAAAAAGUCUCAUGCGUCCAUCGACUGUGCAUACAUUUGCUAUAAGUUAUCUUGAAUCUUUAAUGCAGAUACGAAUAUGUCUACGAAGUAAACAAAAAGCACUUAGUCUUCGUUAA